AUGUUAAAUGAAAGAUUACCUAUGACAACAUAUUUUAUCAUAAAUUAUAACGAAAUUCUCAAAUCAUUAGGCGGCUGGAAUAUUGAGCGUCAAAUGAAAAUAUAUAAGAAAAGGGAAAAUAGAUUUGUUAUUGAUUCUACGCGAACAACUCCUUUAUGGGAUAUUUUGAAAACAUUAAGAGAGUGCAAUUACUUUGAACCGUUAUCUUAUGGUGAACUUUUCACUUAUACAACAGAUUUAUAUAAACAAAAACUUGCACCGUUUAAAGAUUUAAAUUAUACCCCGAACUACUGUGUUCAGUUAAAGAAAAAGUCUGAAAGUAAAGAUAGUGAUAAAUCAAAACAAAAAUUCAUUCCUGAACACAUUUUCUUCGCUGACUUUGAAUGUAGCACUGAUGGAGUUCAUAAAGCCUUUAACAUUUGUUAUGAUAGUGAAGAUGGAAAGAUUAGCGAAAGCAUUUGGGGUCAAAAUUGUGCAACAAAAUUUUUAGAAAGAAUUCCUGAUAAAAGUUUAAUAUAUUUUCAUAACCUCAGUUAUGAUAUCAAUUUCAUUUUAAGACAUUUAACAGAAAUUAGCGGAACACCAAUUAUUAAGGGUUCUAGAACAAUGCAGAUAACGGGAAUAUAUAAAGGUAAAGCAAUCAUUAUUAAAGAUUCAUACACUGUUAUAAAUAAGAAGCUUAAACUAUUUCCUGAAAUGUUUCAUUUGCAGUGUGGUGAAAAGGAAGUAUUUCCGUAUCAAUAUUAUUCAAGCUCUUUAUUAGUUAAUGAUAACAAAACUGGCGUAAUUUCUGAAGCGUGUAAGUUUGUAAAAGAUAUUGAAACGUUCAUGAAAAACAUAGAUUUAAUCGAAAACUGCAGAAUAGAUGAAAACCAUUUCGAUUUAGAAAAAUAUAGCUCAUUUUAUUGCAAACAGGACGUAAGGAUUUUAAGAGAAGGUUUUGUUAAGUUCAGAAAUGAUAUAUUGAAAGAGUU